UCUUCAAAAGCAAAGCGAGCGAGGGAACAGAGACGAUGGGAUUUUAAACCGGAGGGUCAACAUGAAGACACACUUAUAGUUAAAUUGUAUGUCUUUUGUUAGCGCGUGUCGUUCUGCGUGGAUCAACUUUACACCUUUGCACUGGAUGCUGAGAUGCGCAGAAAGUGACAGGGGUCCUCAUCUCUUCUACAGUCCUCAACGAGUUAUUAACCGCCAUGAAAGACGACUUUGCAGACGAGGAGGAAGUACAGUCUUUUGGAUACAAGAGGUUCGGGAUCCAGGAGGGCACCCAGUGCACCAAGUGUAAGAAUGAAUGGGCGCUGAAGACAUCCAUAGCUCUGCUCUAUGUGCUGUGUACUCUCCUCACCAUUGCGGUUGCUGUGCUUGGAUAUAAAGUGGUGCAAAGAGUUGACAGUGUGUCUGAGGGUAUUGCAAACUAUGGAGGAAAGAUAAUUGCUGUUGAGACUGAUUUGAAAAAGCUAGAUGAUCAAGCAGGGGAGAAAUUGGAGAAUACCACCACAGAGAUCCAGUCUUUCAAGAACAACAUCUGGAGUCUCCAGAGGCAGCUGUCUGCGGUGGAGGAACGCAUCCACAGCGAUCAAGUUAAGCUGAGUCAGCUGCAGAACAUUGGUUCAGACAUCCAGAACAGCCAGGGCUCCAUUCAGGGACUGCUGGACGGCAACACGGCCACCUUGCACUCUGUAAACGGCACCCUACGAUCUUAUGGCAGCAUCAUUGAGGGCCUGCAGGACGACACAGCCAGGCUGCAGAGAGAACUCCAGCAGCAGGUGAAACUUCAGGACCAGGCGCUGCUCAGUAUCAGCAGCCUUAACUUCACCCAGGCCCAGCAGAGAGGCCUCAUUGCCGUUCUGCAGCGCUCAGUGGAUGACACAAGCCAAGCCAUCCAGAAAAUGCGUAAUGACUUUCAGAGCCUCGAGCAGACGGCCCGACAGACACGCUCUGAUACUGAGUGGCUUCGUAGUAAGGUGGAAAACCUGCAGGUCCUGGCCAGUAAUGUCUCAGCUCUUGCAAAGGCCAACAACGACAGCCUGGAAGAGGUGGGAUCACAGCUCACUUUUAUGGCCAACAAGCUCCAGAACACCAGCAGCCUGGCAGACGCUCACGACCAGACGCUGAGGGAGAUUUUGGACCAGCAGAGGGACUUUGGUAACCUCACAUCCACCAAGUUUGACCGGCUGGAGGUGCGGCUGGAUGAGUCGGAGCAGAGUAUAGACCGCGUUACCGGCAACAUCAGCUUCACCACACAGCUCUUGGGGGCCAUCAACCUUAACCUGAACGAGUUACGCACUUGUUCCGAGACUGUCGACCGUCACUCAGACUUCCUACUGAACCUCAACGGCAGCAUGACAGAGAUGAGGACAGAUGCAGCCAGUCUAAAGUCCCAGCAGGAAGAGCUGGCAGCACGUGUGGACAAGGAGGUCACCAACCUCUCUAUUGUCAUGGAGGAGAUGAAGCUGGUGGACACUAAGCACUCACAACUAAUAACCAACUUCACUAUUUUACAAGGUCCCCCUGGUCCCAGAGGGCCACGAGGGGACAAAGGACCUCAGGGAGUAUCUGGUCUGCCUGGCCAGAAGGGAGAAAAAGGGGAAAAGGGUGCUCCUGGGAUACAAGGAUCUCGAGGAGAGCAGGGUAUCCCAGGACCACCAGGUCUGCCAGGGUUUAAAGGCCUGCCAGGCCUACCUGGCAGCCCCGGGUCCAAGGGCUCCCGAGGGUCAGGAGGGAGGGCCGGACCUCCUGGAGGUAAAGGAGAGCCCGGUACUGCUGGUCUGCCUGGAAGAGACGGACAGCCUGGUCCUCAGGGGGCACAGGGACCACCUGGUAUUAGAGGCUCAAUGGGACCAGCUGGGGAGCAGGGGCCAAGGGGCCUGCCAGGGCCAGUGGGGCCUCCAGGGCCAGCAGGACCACCGGGACAGCCAGGGAUGCCAAUCCGUGUUCCAGUCAUUCCUUUUGGCCCUGUGUCUCUGCAGGAUGAGGCAGUGGCUCCUACACUAUGGGCCCCAGGAUGCCCCAUUGACUGGGUAAACUACAGAGACAAGUGCUACUUUUUCUCCAAAGACCUGCGCAGUUUUGAUGAUGCAAAGGCAACCUGUGAAUCAUCGUCUGCAUCAUUGUUGAUCAUCAACGAUAUGGAGGAACAGAUAUGGCUGAAGGAGCGGACCACUGGAAAGGGCUACUUCUGGAUGGGUCUGACUGACGGAGGGAAGGAGGACGUUUGGCGCUGGCUGGACGGGACUGAACCUGCAUUCACAAAGUGGAAGCCUGGUCAGCCUGACAACUGGGGCCAUGGGCAUGAAUUGGGAGAAGACUGUGCGGGGCUCAUCCAUGAAGGGUUGUGGAAUGAUUUCUUCUGUGAAGAUCUCAUAAGCUAUAUCUGUGAGAAGGACAUGGAGACGCCAAGAUCACCUGGAUUGUAGCGGUCUUGAAAGGGAGCUUGCAGUGAGCAGCUAGACUUCCCCCAUGUGACACUGGUCCACUGACUCAGCACAUGGAGAGUCCGUACAGAGAGAGCAAGGGGACAAUUUUGAUAUGAGCCCAGGGCUGCAACAGCAAACGUCUCUCUGACACUGAAGAGAUGCCUUUCUCCUCCAAAGUGAACCCAGUCCAGCUUUACCAGCAAGUGCAAUACAGCAGGCCAAUCAAUGGAGGACUUUUAUUUUUUAAAGUACUAAA